AUGGCGAUAGACCGGCGGCGCGAGGCGGCGGGCGGCGGGCCCGGGAGGCUGCCGCCCGCGGCCGAGGAGAACGGCGCCCUGCCGCCCGGGGACGCGGCGGCCUCGGCGCCCCUCGGGGGACGCGCGGGCCCCGGCGGCGGCGGUGACAUCCAGCCGCUGCCCGCGCCACACGCCGCCGGCGGAGCGCACCCGAGCCUCCUGUUGUUGGACUACGACGGGUCGGUGCUGCCCUUCCUCGGGGGCCUGGGCGGCGGCUACCAGAAGACCCUCGUGCUGCUCACCUGGAUCCCCGCGCUGUUCAUAGGCUUCAGCCAGUUCUCGGACUCCUUCCUCCUGGACCAGCCCAACUUCUGGUGCCGCGGGGCCGGCAAGGGCGCCGAGUCGGCGGGGGUCACGGCCACGGGCCGGUGGGGCGGCGGCGACCUGGCCAACGGGACCAGCCCCCCGACCACCCCCUUCCCCACCGCCGCCUGGGGGACAGCCGGCCCCCUCGGCAACGGCAGCGGGGCGGACAGCGGCGAGGCGCCGCCCCUCCCGUCCCCCCCGGACAAGGGAGACAACGCCUCCAACUGCGACUGCCACGCGUGGGACUACGGCAUCCGCACAGGCCUGGUGCAAAACGUGGUCAGCAAGUGGGAUCUUGUGUGUGAUAAUGCCUGGAAGGUCCAUGUCGCUAAGUUCUCCUUACUGGUUGGAUUAAUCUUUGGCUACCUGAUAACUGGAUGCAUUGCUGACUGGUUCGGCCGGCGGCCUGUGCUGCUCUUCUCCAUCAUCUUCAUCCUCAUCUUCGGACUGACCGUGGCGCUGUCCGUGAACGUGACCAUGUUCAGCACACUCAGGUUCUUCGAGGGGUUUUGCCUGGCGGGAGUGACCCUCACCCUGUACGCGCUGCGAAUAGAACUGUGCCCCCCGGGGAAGCGAUUCAUGAUCACGAUGGUGGCGAGCUUCGUGACCACAGCGGGGCAGUUCCUCAUGCCCGGGCUGGCCGCCCUGUGCCGCGACUGGCAGGUGCUACAGGCGCUCAUCAUCUGCCCCUUCCUGCUCAUGCUGCUCUACUGGUCGAUCUUCCCCGAGUCCCUGCGGUGGCUCAUGGCCACCCACCAGUUUGAGUUGGCAAAGAAGCUGAUCCUGCACUUCACGCAGAAGAACCGCAUGAGUCCUGAGAGUGACAUCAAAGGCGUGAUGCCCGAGCUGGAGAAGGAGCUGUCCCGGAGGCCCAGGAAGGUCUGCAUCGUGAAGGUGGUGGGGACCCGGAACCUGUGGAAGAACAUCGUGGUGCUGUGUGUGAACUCGCUGACUGGCUUCGGGAUCCACCACUGCUUCGCCCGCAGCAUGAUGGGCCACGAGGUGAAGGUGCCGCUGCUCGAGGACUUCUACGCCGACUACUAUGCGGCGGCCGGCAUCGCGCUGGCGUCCUGCCUGGCCAUGUGCCUGGCGGUGCGUGUCCUGGGCCGCCGGGGCGGCCUGCUGCUGUUCAUGAUCCUCACCGCCCUAGCCUCGCUCCUGCAGCUCGGGCUGCUCAACCUGAUCGGGAAAUACAGCCAGCAUCCAGACUCAGGAAUGAGCGACAGCGUCAAGGACAAGUUCUCCAUCACCUUCUCCAUCGUGGGCAUGUUCGCCUCCCACGCGGUGGGGAGCCUCAGCGUGUUCUUCUGUGCAGAGAUCACCCCCACGGUCAUCAGGUGCGGCGGGCUGGGGCUGGUGCUGGCCAGCGCGGGCUUCGGCAUGCUGACGGCGCCCAUCAUCGAGCUGCACAACCAGAAGGGCUACUUCCUGCACCACGUCAUCUUCGCCUGCUGUACACUCAUCUGCAUCAUCUGCCUCCUGCUGCUGCCCGAGAGCCGGGGCCAGAGCCUGCCCGAGAGCAUCCCCGACGGCGAGCACUACACGCGCCAGCCGCUCCUGCCGCCCCGGCGCGGCGAGCAGCCCCUGCUGCCCACCCACGCGGAGCUCAAGGACUACUCGGGGCUGCAUGACGCCGCCGCCGCGGGCGACGGGCUGCCCGACGGGGCCACGGCCAACGGUGGGCGGCCCAUGUAGCCGGGCGCGGCUGCGGGAGACCCCACUCCGCGGAGGCUGCGGACCCCACGGGGGGCGGGGACCCUGCAAAGCUCUCGAGGAGCGCACGCGUCUGAGGAAGGGGACCUAGCAGACGACCCUUUGGAGACUUUCUUUUCUGCCAUGAAAUGUUUGUAUUUAUUUUGGUCAUUUUUACAAGAAGCACUUUAUUCCCUUCCCUUCACUGAUCUCAAAACCGAGCCCCCUCCUCGGGAAGGACACGCCGCCGCUGGACCUGACCGUGCAGCCCGGCUCCCCGGGGUCCCCCGCCCCCGAGCAUUCCCAGGGCUGCGCUCUCCUCAGACUGAGAUGUGAAUGGUUAGGGUUUUGCUGGAGUCUCUGUGAUGGUUUGUACAGGUCUUUUCUGUAAGGGAAGAGCUUCCGCUCUGUGUUAGGGAAAAGCAGCUCACAAUAUCAUUAAAACCAGCUUCGUCUCUCCUUCGAGAUCAUCCUUUUAUACUUGAUCCGGAAGCUCUUUCGGGGGAAAAGCGUCACCAUUUCACCGGAAGUCAUAAAUGAUGAGUGGCGGCCUCGCCACGGUCUUCCAGCGCAGGUCUGCCCGCUGCGCUCCCCAGCAGCCAGCGCCUCGCGUCCACGAGGAGUCACUGCUGUCGCCGCCCUCCCGGCUGUCGCCCGCCUCCCGGUUCAGCUCCCGCAGGAAAGGCCCUCCCCGCCCCGCCUCGCAGUCAGCGUUUCUGCAGCACGACUUCACUACCGGCUCCUUCCUGAACUAAACCCAAGGGAAACAUGACCGCGGCAGCGCUCCGGGAGGGACGGGCACUCUCGCAGGCGUGGCCCAGGUAGGCCGUGUCCUGAGCACACACCGCGCGGAAAUCACCAGCCUGGAGGCCCCGGGGAGCCUGCGAGGGACCGGCCUUGCCCCCUGCUUCCCCCUGGCGAGGAGCAGGCCCGGGGCGGGGCCUGACCGCAGCCUCGGAGGGCAUCGAGGCGAGCGAGAAGCAAUAACCCACCCGAGCUCACCCCGCCCCGCCGUGCGAGGGCGCACCUCGCGUUCCUCGACCCGUCCUCCCGCCCCGUUCUCCUGUCUGUCCUCCCGCCUGUCUGGGUCAGGCCUUCGGUUCCCGUCUGCGGCUGUUUCAGAGGCGGCACGGGGGAGGCCAAGAAGCUACCCUCGCCGGCCAGGCGACCCCGUCCUGUCGCAGCACCGGCACCGUCUGGGGGCAGCCUGGGCUCUCUCUGGAAGGCCCGGCCCUGGCUCUGGAGCACGUCUUUGCCGUGGGCUCUUCUUCCAGGGACAGCGUGGCCCCGAGUCUGUGUGACCCAGCAAGGCAACCUCCCGCCCCCAACCGAGCCCCCACAAGCUGGCCGACGUGGGAGGAGCCACGGGCUCCGGAGAACUUUGUGGGGAAGCGAGCAAACUCGCAGGCCUGUGACCCAGCUCCUCCUGGCUCUCCGUCUCUCAAGUCACUUCUGUUCUCUGUUUCCACGGGCGGGUCCCACUCACCUUAACCUCCAGGCCUAUCUGCCAAACCAGGAGGUGCCUCAGCCCUUCUCACGUGCUGGGCGCGGGCCCCCCGGGCCAGGACAGGCCUGCAGCGUGGGGGCCAGGGCAGCAAGCAGGGUCCCCGGGCCCCACCUGCCAGGCGUGCCUGCACCUGCGACCCCAGAGCAGCCCACUCACCAGACCCCAGGCGCUGCGCGGCCUCCCGCUGGUGGUGUAGACCUCUAGGGAACGCGUGAAGCCGCAGGGUGUGGCCUGCACCUCCAGGAAGACUGUCCAUCUCAGGUGACCGCGGUGGACGCCGGUCCUGGGGGGUCAGCACUGUCCCGUCAUGGUCAGGCCUGGCUCCUGGACUAGACGAGACGCUGGCCGAGGCUGGGCUCCUACGGGCAUGAGCAGCACUGCCCGGCAGAAGGCUUCCAUGAGCAAUGGUUGAGAAUCAGGGCCAAAGCAGAAAAGCCUCCCGUAGGCCAAGCCCACAAGCACCCACCCGCGUGGGCAAGGCAGCAGGGCCCCGCCUGCUUGGUCAGGCCCCGGUCACGCGUGGACCCCCGGCCCGUGUCCUCCACGCUCAGCAGGGAGACGCUGCUCAGGCACCUGACCGCUCGCCUGGGGGGACCCACGCCACCCUGCACCCCGUCCCGACCCCAGGGAGCCGGGACCCCCCCACUUCCAACAAGUCAGGCACACAAGCAACCCUUCUGCUUUCUGUUCUUUUCCAGAAACCAGUAACAACUCACCUAAUAUCCCGCAUAUUAGCACCCGAAACAGAGAGUAAAACGCUUUAAAUAUCUCAUUUUCUAAGAGGGUAAUCACUGGUGACUAGGGAGAAGGGGCUGGUGAGCUGGUCUGACCACAGAACAGCAAGAAUGAGGCCUCGAAGAGUAAGUACUGCCCCUGGUACCACCUCCUAGAGCCAAAAAGGGGGGCCGACGGGCCACAAGACCGUGGGGACCCUGGCCAGGAUGCAGCGCCCCGGGCCAGGGGGACGCAGCGCUCCGGCCUCACUGACGGGCCCUCCCUGCCCCGAGGCCGCAACCCGGAAGCUUCCGGACGGGACGCCUGGAGUGCCUGCUGGCGGCGCAGAGCUGCGCCCAGCCCUGACCCGGCCUUCCGUGCCGCCUGCAUGCCGUCACGGCUGUUGUACCCUGGGGGAGAUGUGUGUGUAAAUGUACAGAAAUAAAGAUGUUGCCCCAUUAACAAACCUCCUCUGGAAUGUCUUCCCUACCUCAUCCGAUGGGAUCCCCUGCAGGGCAUUUCACAACCACUGGCCACAAGGAAUAAACUCUGUGUUCAGGUCUCACUGUGUCCCUGCUUCAGCGCCCGUGUGACCCCAGCCCCCGCCCUGCCCCAGGCCGGGGGGCUCCUGGCCAGCAGGUCCUCGUCUUCCGGGCGGGCGGAGGCAGCGUGGGGGGGCUGCCCACCACCUGCUCAGUGCCCCGCUCAGAUCCCCGAGGAGGGGCGGCAGGUUUCCGAGCUCGCCCCGCUCGUGUGUGGCCGUCCUGCUGACCUCACCCGGGGCCUGGAGCCUCCCAGGGAGGGAACAAUUCUCACACUGUGACUGUCGAAGACUGAGCGCCCAGGGCUCUCUUUAAUGUAGUGUUUUUUUAAACAAGAAAGCAAUAUUUCUUUAAUAAAGUAUUUAUACCAAA